CCUCGACGACCUCCACUACCUACCAUCCACUGCAAUCCGGGGAGGACAGACUCUCGGCUUUAGAGAUUUUCAAAGAAAAUGCUGACUCCAUAUCCGGCCCGAGCGGUCGUUCAUAUAAGUCCCCGAGUCUUCGUGGACAUUGAAUUUCAAACCCAUUGAUACCCCUCUCUUGCUUGGACUCGCAACUCCUCUACCAUCACCACCGCUAUCCUCCACAACCCUUUAAUAAUAGCAUCCCCUUAUCACCAACCUCGGAUACGACACGAUGGCCACACAGACCAGCGAGAAGAUUGCCUUCGCUGGCUUAGGAGCCAUGGGGCUCGGAAUGGCCUCCCAUUUACUUGGUUUAGGCCACCACGUGACCGGUUUCGACGUUUACGAACCUUCACUUGAAAAGUUCAGAGCGCUGGGAGCAAAGACAGCCACUUCACCUAGAGAAGCCGCACGGGAUAACGAUUUCUUCAUAUGUAUGGUUGCGAACUCGAAUCAAGCCGAAUCCGUACUUUUCGCCCCAGAAACUGGAGCUGUUCAAGCUCUCCCACAAAAUGCCACAAUUAUCCUGAGUUCAACAGUACCAUCGAGUUACUUGAACUCUAUACAGUCUAGCCUAGAAAAGCUGGGCAGACAAGACAUUCUUCUUGUCGACAGCCCUGUAUCAGGAGGAACAGUUCGGGCUGCCCAAGGAAAUCUCACAAUACUCGCUUCUGGCACCCUAGCAUCCUUAGAACGCGGCAACAGCAUUCUAUCCGACAUGUCAGAGAAAUUAUACAUUAUUCCUGGGGGAAUUGGAGCGGCCAGCAACGUCAAAAUGAUCAACCAACUCCUUGCUGGAGUCCAUAUUGCAGCAGCCGCUGAAGCUAUGGGCCUGGCAGCAAAGGCAGGGCUCAACACUAGACAGGUUUACGAUAUCAUCGUAGGCGCUGCAGGAAACUCAUGGAUGUUCGAGAACAGAGUUCCGCAUAUGCUCGACAACGACUUGACGCCGUAUUCUGCCCUUGACAUCUUCGUCAAGGACAUGGGCAUCGUCACUUCAUCUGCUCGUCUUCAAGGAUUCCCUCUUCCUUUAUCAUCAGUGGCAGAACAACUCUACCUUUCCGCUUCAGCACAAGGCUUUGGUCGUCAAGAUGAUUCUGGACUCGUCAGGACGUUCACUCCUGGAUCACCCACACUCGUCCACGAUCAAGCCAAACCUCAACCCGCAUCAGACAAACUCACUCCAUCAGUAACGCCACUCGAGAUUAUCAAAAUUGGAUUCAUAGGUCUAGGAGCAAUGGGAAUUGGAAUGGCAAUUUCACUUGUCAAAGCUGGUUUCCCUGUUUGUGGAUAUGAUGUCUACUCGCCUUCAACAGAGAAAUUCCUCUCCCAAGCAGGCGAGAAAGCAAGCGCAGCUACAUCCCCAGCUGAAGCAGCAGACGCAGCUGAGAUCUUGAUUCUGAUGGUUCAGAAUGCUGCGCAGGCAGAAGAUGUCCUCUUCGGCUCUGGCAAAGUAGCUUCCACGCUCCCCGCAAACGCAAUCAUCAUCCUUAACUCUACUGUGCCUCCUUCUUUCGCCAAGGAUCUCGGACAGCGACUUUCAGCUCUGGGUACAGGACUCGAGCUCAUCGAUGCUCCAGUCAGCGGAGGUGUAGUCCGAGCUGCCUCCGGUAAUCUCACCAUAAUCUCCUCUGGUGCAGCACUCGCCCUUUCAAAAGCCUCUCCCGUCCUUGCAGCGCUCUCGGGUCCCUCUUCCAAUCUUUUCACCAUCCCCAAUGGAGCCGGUGCUGCUUCUUCGGUAAAACUCAUCAACCAGCUACUUGCAGGCGUACAUAUCGUCGCAGCAGCUGAGGCAAUGGCUUUCGGCGCCAAGCUCGGUCUCGAUACUCGCAGUCUAUAUGAGAUCAUUAAGAAUGCUGCUGGUGGAAGUUGGAUGUUUGAGAACCGCGUUCCAGCUAUGUUGAACGCGGAUUGGACGCCAAACAGCCAGCUUGCAAUUUUUGUGAAGGAUUUGGGAAUUGUGCUUGAUGAGGCCAAGCGUUUGGGAUAUGCGGCUCCAUUGAGUGCGGCAAGUCAUCAAGUGUAUCUGAAUGGUGCUGCCAAGGGAUGGGCGAAGGAUGCUGAUUCUGGUGUCGUGAGGGUUUGGGAGUUGAUGACGGGCGUUUCUGUUGCUGAAGCUGCGAAGGCAGUUGUUGAGCCAGCUGCAGAGGUCAAGACUGAGCCUUUCACGCCCAGCGUGUACGAACCACUCCCACUUGAGGAAACAGUCGCUUCUCUUCCUCCAAUCACAAGCACAAAUACCCUCGCAACGAUCAAGGAACACAUCGCAUCUCCAGAAACCCCAGCUCUUAUCAUCCUUGACGACGACCCAACUGGUACACAAACAUGCCACGACAUCCCCGUUCUAACAGUCUGGGACAUCCCCACCCUAACCAAAGAACUCACUCGCUCCCCUUCCGGCUUCUUCAUCCUCACCAACUCUCGCGCCCUCCCCGGCCCCGAAGCAACCACUCUCAUCACCGAAAUAACAACCAAUAUCUCCCAAGCCGCCUCAACAACCAAAAAGACCUUCCAGAUCGUCCUCCGCGGCGACUCUACCCUCCGUGGCCACUUCCCCGAAGAGCCUGACGCAGUGGAAUCCGUGCUGGGUACAUCAACGGCUUGGAUCCUCGCGCCUUUCUUCUAUCAAGGUGGUCGCUAUACUAUCAACGACGUGCACUACGUCGCCGAAGGAUCGUCCUUGGUUCCAGCGAGCCAAACACCAUUCGCUCAAGACGCAACAUUCGGCUACAGAUCUUCCAAUCUUAGAGACUAUGUUCUUGAGAAAACAUCCUGUCGCUUCAAGCCUGAACAAAUUGUCUCCGUAACGCUCAACGACAUCCGCAUCGGCGGACACCUAAAAGUCGCUGAAGUGCUUGCUGGAGUGCAAAAAGGCAGCGUCGUAGUAGUCAACGCCGCCUCAGAAGAAGACAUGCACGUCUUCGCCCUAGGAUGCAUCCUCGCCGAGCAAGCUGGCGCCAAAUUCCUCUACCGCACCGGCGCGGCAUUCGUAUCCUCGCGUCUCGGGAUCCAAGGCAAAGCGCCUAUGACGGCACAAGAGCUGGGUGUUGAUACGUCUGUAGGGAGUCCCGGCGGGUUGGUCAUAGCGGGGAGUUAUGUCCCGAAGACGACGGCGCAGUUGGCGUUUUUGAGGGAAUUUAGAGGGGAGAAGUUGAGGGUUAUUGAGCUUGAUGUUGAGGCUUUGUUGGCUGAGCAGGAGGUCCAAACUGCUGCCUCAUCUUCGACACUGAGUUCAGCAGCUGAACAGCAACCCUCGAAGAUAAUCAGCACGGCUAUCUCCACAGCCACACAAUCCAUCCUCUCCGGAACCGACGUCCUCCUCAUGACAUCUCGAUCCCUCAUCCGCGGCACCACACCCCUCUCCUCCCUUCAAAUCGGCUCCGUAGUCGCUAGCGCACUCGUCCAGUUCCUGCGUGGGAUUGAAGUCAGACCAAGGUAUAUCAUUGCGAAGGGUGGGAUCACAAGUAGUGAUGCUGCUACUAAGGGGUUGGGUAUGAAGCGCGCUAUGAUCCUUGGACAAGCUGCGCCUGGCGUUCCGAUCUGGGGCUGUGAGGAGGAGGAUGAGGGCGUAAGGCAUAGGGGGGUACCGUAUGUGGUUUUUCCUGGGAAUGUGGGUGGGGUGGAGACGUUGGGGGAGUUGGUUGGACGGUGGGCUGCUGUUUGAUGAAGGUGGGAUAGGAUAGAUGAGUUGAUGUGUUUUGCUUUGAAAAAUGAACAGCAAGUCAAGGCAUUGGUUAUGGAGCUGGAGUUGGGAUGGAGCGUUUUGCGUGUUUGAAAUGCAUAGGAUUUUGGUGUCGCUAGAUUGUGUAUAGGCAGGAAUGAGAGAUAAGAGCAAGAUAUCAAAAAUAGAUGAAUCAAAAGGAUUUCAUCGAACGGCAGAUCAGAUCGUAUUUGUGCCUCUCCUAAAUCCUAGUCCAACACCCCCAAAAUGCCGUGUACCAAACGUCCUUGGCAUCCAAGAUGAAGUUCCUUUUUAACAGACGGACAGUGCGAGCUUGGUAUGGUAGCUUUAAGCGAGAGGGGAUCAAACACGUGGAACUGUACUUCAUUACAUUGUGUGACAAGAGAAGUAGAGGUAUUGAUGGGGAGGUUAUCCGCCUGACGCUCCUAGAUGGGCAAGCAGCCUUGUAUGGAUGGUUGGAGAACUUCUAGUUGGAAUGGAUAGAAGUGGAUGUGCCUGCGGGUGAGUGCGGAUUUGUGCGGAGCAGGGUGGAAAGUUGAAAUGGCCAUACGGUAUAUCAAUCACCAGUAUCA